AUGGGCGACCACACUUCCGUCAAAUUCUCUAACCUCGCCGCUAUCAUCCAAGAAUUCAACGUCGACGGCCAAAACAUCGUCCAAGGCUUCACCAAGAAAGAUUACUACGAAAAGUACAAUAAGCCUUGGUUCGGCGCUACAAUCGGCCGCGUUGCCAAUCGCAUCAAAGACGGCGUCAUCAACAAUCUCAAUGGCCAGGAAUACAAACUCGAGAUCAAUAAUGCACCCAACGCUCUGCACGGGGGCAGCCGUGGGUUUGGACGACAGGAAUUCGAGGGUCCGACUGUCAUCAAACGUGAUGGGAAGGACGCGCUGCUAUAUACGUAUCUGAGCCCUGACGGGGACAAUGGAUAUCCCGGAACCGUGGAGCUGAGAGUUUACUAUGUUGUCAGCGAAGAAGUGGCAGACGGGGUGCCGCGCUCGAUUCUCGACAUAGAAUAUGAGGCUGAAUUGGUGGGUGGCGAGGUCGAAGAGACGGUUGUCAAUAUAACGAACCACAGCUACUUCAACCUGAGUGGCGCCCCCUCCGCCGCAGAAGGCGUCACCGCAAAACUUGCGACUCGCGAUUACCUCCCCCUCGAAAAUGGCAUCCCUCUAGGCCAGAUCUCUCCUCACUCAAUCGACACCGCCCAACCGUUCGAGUUUGGUCCUGACAAAGCUGCCUUUGACGACUGCUUCGUCGUUGACCGCGACUUGAGUAGCGUUUCCAUUGACACUCGCAACAAACCACUCAGACUUCUCGCCGAGUUCCGACACGCCGAGUCCCGCAUCAACCUGCAAGUGCACAGCACCGACCCAGCCUUCCAGUUCUACACAGGCGCCGGGAUCGAUGUGCAGGAGGCUGAUAGCGAGAACCCCGCCAGAGGACCCUGGUCCGGAUUCUGCAUUGAGCCGAGUCGGUAUGUAAAUGCGGUUAAUGAAGAGAAAUGGCGGCACACAGUUGUCUUGAAGAAAGACGAGAAGUAUGGCAGCCGGAUCACAUACAAGGCGUGGAGGGGUUAG